GCCUGCGUUUGUUUGGACAGGACAGGGCCACUCAGAAGUUUUCAUGUCAUGAAAACUCCCAGGGCAGAGAACAUAUUUGAGGAGUUCAUUUUUGUAAAGAUUUUCUUUCUUUCUUUCUUUCUUCCCCCUCCCCUUCCAGCAUUUUGUUUAAGAGAAAAUGAGAUGUCUAUCUUCUGUUUCCUUAUUUUUUUUCAGGAAAGCGAAGGGUUGUUGACUUCCGCCCUCUCCCCUCCCUUCCUUCCUUCUUCCCGAAGGUACUCAUCUGAGAAAAAGAGAACGGAGUAUUGUUCCUGUUCUCCUUCUUAAGUCAUUUGAAACACUGUCCCUGCGAGUUCUUUAAGUUCCCUGCAAUCGGUACACAAGAGAAAGAGGGAGAGAGAGAGGGAAAGACAGAGACAUCCAGAGACCAGGUAAAGCGGUGGGGGCUGCUGCCUCUCAGUCCCAGGAGCUGGGAAACUACAGAGGAUGCAGAAGGCAGUGAAGAUGGUCAAAGAUGAGGACCGGCCCCUCAACGCUGCUCCGAAAAGCAUCCCCUCCUUUCCCCACUGCCUACAGCCCGAGGCUUCCCGAGGGAAGGCUCCCCAAAGACACCCCUUCCCGGAAGCCCUCCGGGGCCCCUUUUCCCAGUUUCGAUAUGAACCUUCUCCAGGAGACCUUGAUGGAUUCCCGGAAGUCUUCGAGGGAGGAGGGUCCCGGAAACGGAAGAGCAUGCCCACAAAGGUGUCUUACAAUCACCCAGCGGAAGAAGCCACGAUGGCUCAGGAGAGCAAGAAUCUGGCUCCUCCGGACCUCGCUCUGCUUUUCCCGCAGCCACAGCGCCCCAAGUGCGACUCCCAGAUGAUUGACCUGUGCAACGUGGGCUUGCAGUUCUACCGCACCCUGGAGCACCUGGGGGGCAAAGCCAUCAAGCAGGAGCCGGUGAAACCCAGCGCCAUGUGGCCCCAGCCCACGCCCCCUGCCUUCCUGCCUGCGCCUUACCCUUACUACCCCAAAGUCCACCCGGGACUCAUGUUUCCCUUCUUCGUGCCCUCGACCUCACCCUUCCCCUUCAGCAGGCACACCUUCCUGCCCAAGCAGCCAACCGAGCCAGUGUUACCCCGCAAAGUGGAGCCCCUGGAGAGUGAGGAGACGAAGCAGAAGGUGGAGAGGGUGGAUGUGAACGUCCAGAUCGAUGACAGCUACUACGUGGAUGUGGGUGGGGCUCAGAAGCGCUGGCAGUGCCCCACCUGUGACAAGUCCUACACCUCCAAGUACAACCUGGUGACCCACAUCCUGGGCCACAGCGGGAUCAAGCCGCACGCGUGCUCCCGCUGCGGGAAACUCUUCAAGCAGCUCAGCCAUCUGCACACCCACAUGCUGACACACCAGGGCACGCGACCCCACAAAUGCCAGGUGUGCCACAAGGCAUUCACCCAGACCAGCCAUCUGAAGCGCCACAUGAUGCAGCACAGCGAGGUGAAGCCGCACAACUGUCGCGUGUGCAGUCGGGGCUUUGCCUACCCUAGCGAGCUCAAGGCCCACGAGGCCAAACACGCCAGCGGGCGCGAGAACAUUUGUGUGGAGUGCGGCCUCGACUUCCCCACCUUGGCUCAGCUGAAAAGGCACCUCACUACGCAUCGGGGCCCCAUCCAGUACAACUGCUCCGAGUGCGACAAGACCUUCCAGUACCCGAGUCAGCUGCAGAAUCACAUGAUGAAACAUAAGGAUAUCCGUCCCUACAUCUGCUCCGAGUGUGGCAUGGAGUUCGUGCAGCCCCAUCACCUCAAGCAACACUCACUCACCCACAAGGGUGUGAAGGAACACAAGUGUGGAAUCUGUGGGCGUGAGUUCACGCUGCUGGCCAACAUGAAGAGACACGUAUUGAUCCACACCAACAUCCGUGCCUACCAGUGUCACCUCUGCUACAAGAGCUUCGUGCAGAAGCAGACCCUCAAGGCGCACAUGAUCGUCCACUCGGAUGUGAAGCCUUUCAAAUGCAAGCUGUGUGGGAAGGAAUUCAACAGGAUGCACAACCUGAUGGGCCACCUGCACCUGCACUCGGACAGCAAGCCCUUCAAGUGUCUCUACUGUCCCAGCAAGUUCACGCUGAAGGGGAACCUGACACGCCACAUGAAGGUCAAGCAUGGAGUGAUGGAGCGAGGCCUCCACUCGCAAGGUCUGGGUAGGGGACGACUCGUCCUUGCGCAGUCCACUGGUGUGCUGAGGAAUCUGGAGCAGGAGGAGCCGUUUGACCUCUCUCAGAAGCGCAGUGCGAAGGGGCCGAUGUUCCAGUCCGACGUGGACAGCACACAGGGCUGCCUCUGCCAGGAGGGGGACGAGGGGGAGGCCGGUGAAGAGGACAACUGCUACGAAGUGGAGCCCUAUAGUCCCAGCCUGGCCCGGGAGAGCCAGCAGGUCUGCACGCCCGAGGAUCUGUCCACCAAGCAGGAGCAGGCCCUGCAGAGCCCCGGAGAAGGAUGCAGGGAUCCGGAUGCUCUGGAAGAGCAGCAGGAGGACAGUAGAGAGGACCACGAGGAGGGCAGAGACAUGGACGACUGCACCAUCAGAGACGAGCGCCUGGGCAGCGGGCUGGUGCAAAGUGGCGAGCAGGGCCCCUCGUUUUCUGAUUAUUUAUACUUCAAGCACAGAGAUGAAGGUCUAAAAGAAUUACUGGAGAGGAAAAUGGAAAAGCAAGCAGUCCUUUUGGGUAUCUAAGUGAAUGGCUUUAAAAUUACAUUUGGAAACGAAUAUCUAAGCAGUUCAACUAUAUAGCUUUCCAUGGGAACUGUCAUUUGCUGCAGAGGGGAGAGUGGUGCCAAUCUUUACAAAUGGCUCAGACUAGAUGCAUGGGUAACGCACACGCUUCUCAGGUCGGUCCUUGGGCACUUGGCAACUUCAUAUGUGUGCAGAGGGCCUUUGGUCGUUUUACACAUCACCCACAUGAUGAACUGUGCAUUCUUCCAGAUAUCUAACUGCAAGCUGAACCUCAAGGUGCUUUUAGACACUUGUCUCCUAACAUGCAGUGAUGCAAACAGCUUUCUAGUUGCAAGACUGUGGUGCUCGUGUUAUCUUAAUUAGUGACUUAUUUAGUGGCAUUUAUGAAGGUUACAGUAUCAUAGAUGUAAAUAUUAGUAGCUGUAUAUAUAAAAAUUUAGCCUCUAUCAAAUAAUAGAAACACAGGAAGUGAUGUAAGAGAGAUGAGCUGUUUGGAAGGCUCAAGGAGUUCCUGCAAACGUGAGGUUGGGUUUCAGAAGAAGAUGAUGCAUUUUGACUAAGACAGAACCAGAUAAUGCUCACACACCUGGUUGUUAUCCUCUCUUCUGCUUCAGUUUUAUUGGUCAAUGGGACAUUUGGGGCACCCCUGAAGGCAUCUGAAUAACGCUUGGGGGUCCCAGCUCUUUAGACCCAACCCCUCCGCAAGAAGAGAUCCCUCACCUUGCUCUGGGCCUCAUGCCCCAUGAUGCAACUGAAAGGAGAAUUUCCUUUCAGAGUGAGCAGUGGAACUUGGGCUAUGAAAUGGGGUUCAAGGCUGCUCCCUGAAACAAACUCUGACUUAUUUAGGUAGAGGAGUGAUUGCCGGCUCAUCGCCAUAGGCAAGACCUGAGCUAUAUCCUCUGAGAGCUGGUAGCAUGUGAGACUGAUCCGGCAGAUCCUUUAGAAAACACUGAUGCAGCUAAGCACGGUAGCUCACAACUGUAAUUCCAGCACUAGGGAGGCUGAGGCAGGAGGAUGGCCUGGUGUUUGAAACCAGCCUGGAUUACAAGGUCAAACUUUCUCUUAAAGACAAAAGAUAGAGAAGUAAGUGAAGCCCUGUGAGGUUCUGGGUUAAUCCGCCUGGAGUGGGGCCCACCACUGGGAGUUUCCAAAUCACCUCUAGGUGCCUCUUGAAAAAGAAGCGCACCGGUCUCAGGUAGUCCUCACCCAGUUCUGUCUCCUGGGACUUCCCACUGUUCAGACAUAGCUUUGAUUCUGUCUUUAGAUGAAAUUUUAGUGAAAUGGCAGACAGGAGACCUGGAACUACAGUGCUGACUUAGGUCUUCAUUCUUGUUCUGUCAUCCUCCCAAGGAUACAUACCCACACACACACCAUACAUAUACACAUACCACAUACAACACUCAUAUCCGGCCAUCACACCACACAUACACCAUAUACACAUUGUACAUGCAUAUACCAUACAUACACACCACACAACUACUGCACACAUACACACAUACCAUACACACACACUGUACACAUGUACACACAUAAUACCAUAAACACAAACCACACAGACACACCUAUACACCAUACACACACCAUACAUACACACCAUACAUAUACACACACACUCAUACACACACACACUCUCUCUCUCACACACACACAUACACACACAUGUCCACACACUGCAAAUAUACGUGUGUGUGUGUGUGUGUGUGUGUGUGUGUACUAGAAGACAAUGUCUGUGAUGUUUGUAGCUACUUAGUGUGUUGAAAGAUUCACAGCUAGCCUAUGAUGACUCUUACUCGUACCCAGAUGUGUCAACUGCUGUUGCAGCGUACUGUGAGAAUUAUGAUGGAUAUGCUGGGCUUAGUGGGCUGGCCUUCUUAGAUCCUGCUGCCAUGGAAAGCAGUGCUGCAUGGGGCUGUGCUCAUGUCACUGACUCAUGGUAGGUUCUAGACGGUGUCUCUGUAAAACUUGCCUUCUGGUUGACAGUGUCAACAUUCUUGGUUAAGUCAGGUUCUGGGACCACCUUGCUUCCUCUCCUCCCAAAUUCCCAGUCCAUAUGUCUAAAAGACCCAGUCUAGGUCUUACCACUGGAUGUAGCUUUCCCUGCCCGCUGAGCUGCCUCUCCCGGAGGCUGGCCUGGUCUCCGCCAUUCACCCAUGUGUGUGGACAAGCUCUUAGCGUUACUCCUACUACGUCCUAAAAUUCCUUUCUUUGUCAUGACUACCCCAGUGAAGGACAAAAGGCUUUUGUGUUUCCUACUUCCAGCUGUGCUCAUCUCUGGGUCAUAACACCUGCAAAAAUGAUGGAUGGUGGGGAGAUUUCCCUGGGUUUCUAUGGUCACCAGAGCAACUCAGGACAAAGAAUUGUUGAGGUCUUCAGAUGGGCAAGAUCCCUUCUAUUCACUGUGAAUGGAGUUUUGUGGUGUCUUCGAUAAAAGUGUUUGGGAAGCUUCGUCCAUGAAUACAGGAUUGAGGCGCAUGUGCUGUGUCUGAUCACAGUCACACACAUUUCCAAGCACUUCUGGGUGUCCUGCUGGAGUAGAAGGAACCAGGAAAACCUAGAGGAGUAGAAUGUAGUCAAUUCCAAACAAAUCUUGUAGGAAUGUUUGAAGAACCAGUUGUGUCAGAGAGAGAUUGUCUAGAUUGGUGGUUUGUGAAUGUCUUUUGAAGAGUUAGUUGUUCCAUCAUAGGCCCCUCCAGAGUUGGUAAAAAAGGAGAUAGCCAGCUCCCUGGCCCAUUCCACUCAAAGCAGUAGGCUUCUUCUGUACCACCACUCAUGUGUUAGCAUCCUGAGUGAGAUUUCAGGGAGAGAGAAGAAAGAUCCAGGGGAAACUGCAACAUAGCAUGGAGUAUGUCCCGGAGCCUGGCUCUGGCAUUUACUUCCCAGUGUGAAAGACUUACUAGGCUAUAACCUGAAGGACAACCCAACACUCACCCGCAUUUAAGGCCACCCCCAGGUUCAUGUGCAGAGGAGGUAACAUCCCUCAUUUACACAUUAUCCCAAUGAGGCCUUUAGAUUGGACCUUGGCUUCUCAAAAGCAUCCCAAGGAGUGAGAUCAGGUUCCUGGAGACUGGGAAAGGUGUGGCCAACCUUGAUCAGAUUAACUAAAUACAAAUCCUCAUGGAGCCCACCUCAGAAAACCAAAAAUAAAAUUAUCCAAAGUCACCAGCACUCCAAAGUCACACCCUUCAUUACUUUAUAUAAUUCUGAAAAGAGUCAAACCCAAGUGCUUCCCAGCCUUUGGACCACCAUCACUUUGACUUCCCAGCCUUUGGACCACCAUCACUUUGGCUUCCCAGCCUUUGGACCACCAUCACUUUGGCUUCCCAGCCUUUGGACCACCAUCACUUUGACUUCCCAGCCUUUGGACCACCAUCACUUUGGCUUCCCAGCCUUUGGACCACCAUCACUUUGACUGCUCAGUCUUUGGACCACCAUCACUUUGGCUUCCCAGGCUUUGGGCCAUCAUCACAUUGAACAGGCUAACCACCCAGCCUGGUGGCACAUUUGUCUCCUGCCAUUUUUACUCAGGCUUACGAUGGUCCUCCUUAGUUUAUUUGUAUCCCUCUUUCAUCCUUUUAUGUUUUUUUAAACUUGGAUAUUCCUUUGGCCAUUACAACUAAGCCAAUCUUUCCCUAGCCAAAACGAGCUAAUGGGUCUAUCUGGAUGUAAGCAGUUGCAGAAGAAAGCUCAAUCACUGUGUAUUCUGUAUUUAUUGAGCCCCAAAGACAUUCAAUAAAAUAUUAACAUUAUGCUUUGAA